AUGAUUAAUGAAUGGAAUUCUCGAACGUGUAUAUCUGAUCUAUGCCGUAAAUGGCGUAAAGAACGCCCUGUUAAUUCAAACGAUUCUGGUCUACUCAUUCUUUUGUUCAAUGUAGAGGGAUUGAAUAGUCAUAUUAGCGAUGUUGAUAUACUUUUAAACGAAUACAAACAUAAUAUAUGUGUUCUUACUGGUGUUGGUGCCGCAUCAAGAAAGUUACCUCAAUUUACUGGUUACUCAGGCUUGUCUCAAGUCGGAACGAACUCGUAUGGCGGAAUAGCCAUUCUAUAUGAAAACUCAGCCAAAUGUAAACUAAUCGACAAAGAAGUCAAUUUCAUAGCAAUCGAAGUUCAAACGGCUUCUGAACCGAUCACUAUUGGAGCUGUCUAUGUUCCUCCGGGAUCACUUCCACCAUUCCAAUUACUCAACAAAUACAGCAACAACAAUUUUUAUAUAUUUGGUGAUUACAAUGCGAAACAUACUACGUGGAACUGUAAAGAAAACAAUACGAGUGGAUCACAUCUACUCAACUGGAUGGAAGCAACAGGCAAUGAAAUGAUUAAACCACCAACCUCUACAUCUCGACGAUCUGAUGCUAUUAUUGAUUUUGGGAUUACACACGAUGCGACAGAAUGGAACUCAGAAGUACUGCACGAGGGGACCUCGGAUCAUUGGCCAAUCAUUUUUCAAGCACCUAUAGCCACUGAUAAAAAUACUUUCUUUCGUCAAACUAAUUGGAAUCUUUUUACAUUCUUUCUCUCAUCUUCACACCAAUAUUGGUACUCACUUGUGCACAACUUCGAUGCUGAAAACUUUUUCUCGCUAUUUUCUUUAUUUCUAAACGCAUUGUACAAUAGAUGCAGUAUCUUUAAAACCGUCGACAAAUAUAGAACUCCAUGGCCACCUUCACUCCUACAUCUAGCUCGAACUGUAAAUAAAGCUAGACGUAUGUACCGCAAAACUCGUUCAAUUUUCUACUUACAACGAUAUCUACUCAUGAAGGAAAACUUUAUUUCGGAAAGAACUACUUAUCAACAAUCACUCAGAGAUGCAAAAAUGGUAUGGAUAGGUGAAGGUAAUAACAUAUGGAAAUAUGUUAAACCAGCGUUUAGACCAUAUGCACCUGCAUUUAAAGGUCUAACUGUUAAUGGUGUCAAAGAAGCUGAUCCGCAAAAAAUUGUAAAUGUUCUUGCCGAUCAUUAUGAAAAACACUUUGCUAGACCAGAAUUUGAUCUAUCAAAUCCAAUACAUCAACGAGCAGUGGCAAUCUACGAGAGUUUAACCAAAAAAAAAUCGACAGAUAGUGCUGGAACAUCGGCUAUUAUGUUGAAAAAAUUACCACUCAAUUACAUAACCAUUCUAAGUGUACUUUUUAAUAAAUGCGCCACUAAAGGUGAAUUUUUCGCUGCUGAAAAAAUUGCUAAAAUUGUUUGUUUAUCGAAAGACGGAAUGUUCCCAAAUGAAACAAAAUUAAGACCGAUAUCUUUACUACCAAAUAUUGGUAAAUUAUUCGAACGUAUAAUCCAUCAUAGAAUCUUGUCUUGGUGUCAUAAUCAUAAUAUUGCUGUAGAUGAACAAAGCGGCUUUAUGCAAAGUAGACGACUUCAAACCAGAAUUCUCUCGCUCGUAGAGAAUCUUCGGCUAACGGUUGCAGCAUGUAAUAGACCUGGUCUUGUAAUAUUUCUUGAUUUUCACUCGGCAUUUGAUCGCAUGCGGUUUCCUGCGUUGAUAACUAAUUUGAAAGAUCUAGGUAUGCCUCUCGAUCUCUUGAAAUGGGUACAGUCAUGGCCUAUGAAUAGGUCGCUCUCAAUCGCGUUUGGAAAUAGUCAUUCAAGAAAUAUCCAAAUGCAUGUUGGAGCACCUCAAGGCUCUGUACUUGCUGCAACAUUGUUCAGGUUGCAUGUUCAUUUUCUUUCUUCAUUUUUCUUUGGUCUCUCUACGUAUUUAUUCGCAGAUGAUCUUGCAAUUGUCUUAACAGGUUCGCUCGAAAAACGACUCUCUUUGAAUAUAAUUGAUCUUGAAACGCGAGCAAAAGAAGUAAUGAAACAACCCGAACUGUUCUCAAAUAAUAUGCUACUUCCAUCAAAUCUAUCCUCUCACAUUGAACAAAAAAACGGAACGAUGGCAACUAAGCCAGUCUUUGUUGUUGAUAAUGGAGCUUCUAUGUUCAAAUCCAGAAUGAAUAACAAUGAAGACAUCAAAAUUGCUCCUAAUUGUAUCAUGAAAUCGAAAUUUUAUCCUCGUCGUACGUUCAUUGCCGAUCAAAUUGACAAUGAAUGUCCGAAUAAGACAAGUCUUUACUAUCAAUUACCAUUUCAAAAGGGUUAUUUAGUCGACUGGAAUAUUGAAAAGCAAGUUUGGGAUCAUCUAUUUGGCAAAGUGUCAUUUAAAUCCACUGGACUAUUAAUGACAGAGCCAUACAUGAACUUGAACUUCAUUCGCGAAACAAUGGAUCAAAUCUGUUUCGAAGAAUAUGAAGUGGCAUCGUUUGCACGAUAUGAUCCGGCCACUUUAAGUGCAUACCAAUACGAAUGUGACACCAAAUCCAACUAUGUGCUAGUCGUCGAUUCGGGCUUUUCGUUUACGCAUAUCGUUCCAUACUAUCAAGGAAGAAAGAUUCUUGAUGGAAUGAUCAGAAUCGAUGUUGGAGGAAAACUGUUAACAAAUCAAUUGAAGAAUGUCAUCUCUUAUCGGCAAUUGUUAGUAAUGAAUGAAACGUAUAUUAUCAACGAACUCAAGGAAAAUGUUUGCUUUGUUUCUCUGGAUUUUCAAGAUGAUAUGAAAAAGGCGCGUUUACCACUGUCUGAAAAUCCAUAUGCGCUCGACUACGUACUGCCGGAUUACAAUGAGAUUAAACAAGGCUAUACACAAGCUCCGUCAUCGUCAUCAGUCUCUAUUAGUAACAAUGUAGAUACUUCGAAAAAGAAUACUAAACAACAGCAACAGGUUGUGCGAAUGAAUGUCGAACGUUUUACUAUUCCAGAAAUACUCUUUCGACCAUCGAUGAUCGGAAUUGAUCAAGCAGGAAUUGCAGAAUCGAUUUACAAUUCUGUUGAAGAAUUACCUGAACAUAUUCGACCGAGUUUAUACAACAAUAUCUUACUCAUCGGUGGAAAUUGCUUAUUUCCUAAUUUCAAACAACGUUUAGAAAAUGAACUACGUUCGAUGGUGAAAGAUGACUAUCCAAUUCGGAUCACUUUACCCGAAGACCCAAUAACGUACGCCUUAAAUGCAGGUGUUACUCUAACAAAUUCCUCGGACUACGCGAAUUAUUGUGUAACUAAGCGUGAAUACGAUGAAAAUGGUGUUGCGAUUUGUCAUCAGAAAUUUGCAGAGAACUAUUAA